AUUUUAUUUGUUUUGGUCGUUGAAAAUUGACUCUUUACUACUUACAGAGAUUAGUUUUCAUUUGUAUUUGAUCAUUCCGUAUUCAAUAAACUAUUUCAGAUAUAAAAUGUGAAAGUAAAUGCAAAUUCAACUAUUAUUUCAUUCAGAGAAGGGCUUUGUGGAUAUUGAGAUUAUGAUUUAAUUGAAGCUAGACAACCAUAGAAUACCUGGAAGCAUUGGAAGGCCGUUUCGUUCUAUUGUGGGACUCUUCCUUGGCAGUGCUCAUCCACAAUUUCACCUUGCGAGAUUCAAACUCAGAACUUAUCAGAUACUUGGAUCAUCGAUCAGUGAAUCAACACUUACUUCUGGAACAUACACUUUACCAGGUGGUGGAAAUUCACAAAUUCAACGACGUAGUUCAACUUCUUGUAAAUUUGAAUCUCCUAUUAUUUAUACACCAAACUAUAAUUACAGAAAAAACGAUACAUACGAAAAUUAUCGUCCACUUUCAGCUCCAAAAACUUAUUCCAAUCAUCGUUUACAAGUGAUGAAUUCAGAUCUUUUAAUUAAAUAUCCUGAAUUGGAUUAUUCACAUGAAAAUCAUUCAUCACAACCUUAUGAUAUACAAAUUCAAUCUAAUAGAAACUAUAAUAUCCGAUCAAGUUAUGAAAUUGAAUUGAAUAAAUAUAAACAUUCUAAUAAUAGAAAUAAUUCCAGUAAUAGAUCCCAUUCAAGAUUCAAUACAAUUACAGGUUCCUUCAAUCAUAAAUCAUUGAAUGAUGGAUUGAAAUUUUAUUCAUCAGUAAGAUCUCAUUCCAAUCCAUUUAAAAUAGACUAUCAUCAAGAGAAUACAUCUGAUACUCAUGAUCGAUAUAAUUUCCUUCAUUCAGGUAAUGAAUCACAUAGACGUCCACUUCUUUCUAAUUUACAAAAUCAAUUUAAUCCUUCUCAUACAAAUGAUGUAUCAAGAACAUAUAGACCAUUAAGUAGUCAUGAAAAACACUUAUCAACACGUUCACUUUGUUCAAGAUUACCAUCACAAAAAAAUUUCGAACAAACUAAUGAGAUUGGUUUAUAUAAAACUGCAAUGUUUGUUAUUCCUGCACCUACUUCUAAUUCUUUACCGAAUGUACAAAAUGAUGAUUUUAUAUCUUAUAAAAAAAAUCCCAUGGAUCAAUCAGUUCAUCAUUAUAAUCAUAAUCGUCGUCAUCAUCACCAUCACCAUCAUCAUCAUCAUCAUCGACAUAGAGAUAAUAGUGAUAGUUGUUUAAAUACUAAAUCUAAUGAAAAAGUACGUACUUAUAUUUGUAAAGGAUGUGGACGUUCAUCGUUGAAACGUAAGAAAGUGAAAAAUUCAACUUAUUCUCUUGGUAAUUCAUGUAUAUCAUUAGAUAAAUGUUCAACGCCUCAAUUUAUUCAUUCAACUAAUAAUAAUAAUAAUAACAAUCAUCAUUCUCAUCAUGAUAUAGAAGAUGAUUAUGAACGGAUUAUAUUUCAAUCCCCUGAAUAUUCCCAAGAAGAUCAUCGAUAUUAUACAUCAAUGGAUAGAAACUCUUACAAUUCCAAUCUACGUAAUAAGUCUCGAUCUAAUGUCAUUCCAAAUAAUAAUGUGAAUAGUUUAAAUCAAUUUGGAUUAUAUGAUCAUUUAUCAAAAAAUUUAAAAUCUUCAAAUCAAAUAUCUAAAUUAGAUUGUAAUAAAAUUAUAGUUGAUAUUAAACCAAGACAAAUGAAUGAAGCGGAUAAACAACAACAUAUAACUCAAUGGAUUCAACUUGGUACAUUAGGUGAUACACCUAGUUCACCAACUAUAUCACCAUUACCACCUGAUGAAUAUCAAGAUAAAGAUUUUAUGAUACAUUCAUCAAGAUAUUCUGAUGAACAAGAUAAUAAUAAUAAGAAUGAGGAUGAUAAUGAUGAUGAGGAUGAUGAUGCUAUUGCUAUAACUACUGAUAAUGAAGAGAAUCAAGAUUAUACUGAUUGGAUUCAUUCAAAAGUAAUCACACAUAAUCAAGACACAAAUAACAAAGAAUCAUCUUAUGGACAACAUAAACAACAUGAAAAUCAUGAUGAUAAUGAUGAUAAAGAUAAAGAAGUGAAAAUACAAAUUAUUAAACAACAAACAGAUUUUACUUUGAAUAAUGAAAAACGUGAAAACCCUCAUGAAGGCAAUUUAAUUAUUAGUCGACCAACAUCUGACUAUACAAAUACUUCCACUAAUGAAAUCAACUUAGAAUUUGUCAAUAAUCCAAAUCAUAUUCAUCAUACUAAUAAUUUUAGUAAUACUAAUUACACUAUUGAUAAUGAAAUAAGUAGUAAAAAGAAUAAAAUAAGCAUGGAACCAAUGAAUCCAAACACAAAUCUUAUUUUAAAUAAUUCACUUGUUCAAAAUACUUUAUCAUCUGAACUAUUGAAUGAACCAUCGCCUCAAUCAACAUCUACAGAAGAUAUUACUUCUAAUUCUAAAUAUAAUCAUAAGAAUAAAUCUCAGAAUGAACGUAUUAUUACUAUUAAAGAUUUAAGUAGUUCAAAUGAUCAAACUAAAUUAUCUAUGGGAAAACAUUCUUCAUUAUUGAAUCAUAAUAUAGAUUCAAAUGAAUAUAAUGAUACAACAUCAUCAUCAUCAUUAAAAUGUAUCCCAUCUAUAUUACCUAAACCAAAAUUAUAUAAUAUGAAUGAAAUCAGUAUGGAAAAACAAAGAAAUCCUACAUUAAUUACAUCAGAAAUACGUCAUAUGAAUAGUAAAAUAUCAAGUCAUUUAUCAAAUACAACAAAUAUCAAUUCAUUAUUAUUAAAUACAAAUUCAAAUCAUAUAGAAUUAUUAAAUGGUUCAACUGAAUUAGCAACUGAUUUAUAUCCAAAUUUAGUGAAAACACGUGAUACACCAAUACCGAAUGUUAAAAGUUUAGUAACCUAUUUUACAGAAUUAAUUAAAGUUCAUACAGAUCUAAAUGAGAUCAAUCAUUCGAAUAAUAAUAAUAAUAUAAAUAAAGAAAAAGAUAAUAAACAUUAUGAUAUUACUUAUAAUCAAUUUAAUAAUGAUAGUAAUAAUAAUGAUAAUGAUAAUGAUGAUUUAGAUAUACCAGCAAAUAUAUCACCAUUUUUAUUACAUCAUGAAACACCUAUUGCUAGAGAACGUCGUUUACAAGCUGUUGAAAUGUUAAGACGUCGUUCAACAAUUCAUAUGACAUAUGAUCGUUAUAGAGUAUUUCCACCUGGUUACAGUACAUCAACAUCACCAUUAUUAGAAAAAUUUAAUCGUAAUAUAAUAAAUAAUAAUAGAGAUGACUGUAAUACUACUAAUAAUAGUACUGAUAAUAAUAACAACAAUAAUGUUCGUAAUGAGAGUAAUAAUAAUCAUAAUGAAAACAAUAAUCAUAUAUUUAUAAAACAAAAUAAUAUUGAUCCUAUUCAUCAAUCCAUUUCAUCACCAAAAUAUCAAGUACGUAUGCAAGCCAAUUUACAAAAAGAUUCAACAGCUAUAGUUGCUUAAUAGAUUUUUUUCGGGGGGUGGGAGUGGGGGUGGAAAUUAUUUUAAUACAUUUACAUAACACAUAGAUUAAUAAUAAUAAUAAUAAUAAUCGGCCGUUGGUUUUUUCUUUUUGGCAUCGACUCCACCCUUUUUGGAAUUUUCUUUAUGAUUUUUUUCCUUUUUUUCUUUUUAUUCCCUUUUUUAUUUCAUUUCAACUAUAAUUUUGAAUUAUUCUGUCAUUAUCAAUUAAAGUUUUUGUAAUUUUUUUUCUUAUAGUUUCUUCUCCCUCCCCAACUCUUUGUUGUUUGUUUUUCUUUUCUAUUUUUUUUUCAUAUCAAGGUCAACGGAAUAGUUGAUUAUUUUGACCUUAUGAAUUAUAAUUCUAUAUCAUUUUUUGAUUAUGAAUAAAAAUGUUUUUGUAUUUUUUUUCAUUGGUUAAUCUCCCUCACCCCCACCUUUUGUUUUUCUUCAUUUUCUUUUCUUUUUUUCUUUUUUUCAUUCCUUUUUGUUACGUUGCAAGUUCAAUAGAAUCGUUGAUUUUCUUUCACUUUACGAACUAUAAUUUUAAAUCAUUUUUUGAUUAUGAAUAAAAAUAUUUUUGUAUUUUUAAAAAAAAAAUUGUUCCUUCCCCUCCCCUUACUUUUCGCUUUUCUUUAUUAUUUUUUCUUUUUUUUUCUUCUUUCAUGUUCAUAGUUCAAUAUUUUACUUCAAGUUAAAGUCAUAUAAAAUUGAAUAUUAAUAGCCAAUAAUGAUUUCACAAAUGUAUAAAUAAUCAAGCAAAACAAAAAAAGAAAAGAAAAAAAGAAAGAAAGAAAACAACUUUCCAUGGUGACAAUGAUGUCGUUUAGUCAAUCAAAAAAUAAACAAAGAAACUUAGAAUUGGUCAAUAUAGACUACGGUUUUUUUAUUAAAAAGAUUGAAAUAUAUUUUGAAUAAUUUAAUCAAAUUUAUAAAUCAGAUAAUGAAAAAUAUCUAAGUGUUUUAUUGAAAAAAAUUUCAUUUCAUUUUAUAUCAUUCAUAAGUAAUUGUAACAAUUAAAAGGAUAACAACAGUAAUUAUUCAAAAUAAACAAUACAGUUG